AGGCCUGGCACGACCCAUAAACUAUUCGUGCUCGUGCCGGGCUGGCCCAUUUAUUUCGUGCCUGUGCGCGUGCUGUGUCGUGCUAGCCCGUGGGCGGCACGGCCUGGUGCCCACGUACAGUCAUGACGUGAGGUUCUACAUCUUCAACCAAAACCCGAAGGGUAUAUGGUUUCUACUAAAACCCUUCUCUUCAAUCAAAGGCCACUAGCAUCGGCCAAAAUCCUUAUCUCUCCCUUCCAACUAUCACCCAUCAUGAACUACCUUGAAGCACUCAUCAUCGGUCAACUCUUGCUAGCUCUUUAAGGUUUCGUAGUGAAGGAGUUCUAAACAAUGUGGGGGUUUUGAUGGCUUGGAUGCCAAGAAACCUCCCUAGAGCAUGUAUUUUGUUUUUUCGUGGCACUCUCUACUUUAUUUACCCCACUUUAUUACCUCUUUUUCGUUUCUCUUUUUUUUAUUCUUUUUGAGGGGGGUACUAGAGAAUAAAAACACUUGCCACCUAAACAUUUAACAACCAAUGCUCACUUUUUUAGGAACUCACUCCAACACUACACUUCAUUUUGCAUUCCUAGCAAGAACCGCACACAAACCACCUAUUUAGAACCUCUAUGGAAACUCAAAGGUGAGAGCUCCGGAACCCACGGGCGACUCAUGUUUAGACACGAAGAAAGGAUUUGGCGGUCGUUCUACUAACACCUUUAAGCUCACACGAAACAAGCUCCUAAAUUGAGAACGACCCACAGAGUCACAUGGCUCAAAGGGGUUGACUAAGGGAUGAUACAUUUCGGGAAAAUCAACGUUUGGGCGUGGACUCAUCCUAUGCCUCCAUCGUACUUGCUAGUGACAACCGUGAUGCUACACACCGUGGUAAGAGGGAACUAUCACACCAAAAGAAACGAUCGGCUCCAAGCUCACAGGCUACCUAGUUACCCAACCAUCUAUUCCAAUUCACAAACAAGAUGCAUGGAAAUUAUAAACAACAAGUGAUCACAUCAAGACAUCCAUUCAUUUAUGCACACCUGAGAACUAAAAUUUUGCCCUAUCCUAAUGAACUUCUCAGUCAUCAUCAUAGGAUAUACUUGAUCACAUGCAACAAUUCAAGAUCAAUGCCAUAAACACGAGAAUUUCCCACCAUCCGGCCACUUUGAUCAUGCAAACAUUGAUUGGAGCCCUCAAAUUUUGAAUUUUGGGCAUACAAAAGGCUCCAAGCAAAAUCUCACUCACACAAUCAUACUAGUAGACUACCCCCCCCCCCCCCAUCCCCCCACACUUAAACUCUGCAUUUCCCUCAAUGGCGUAAGAAAGGGGUAGAGUGAUGUUACCGCUUGGGCUUGGUGAGUCAAGGUAGGAAUCUAACCGGGGUAGGACAAUUUGAGCUUCAAUGAGAGACAACAAAAAACACACACAGACACAAUAUGACUCGCUCUUGGCGAGGUUAUUACAAGCACAAUACGUAUUAGUAGUUUAUGUCACACACACAGAUAACAAAAACAAAAAAAAAAACAAGUUGGGUUAUGAUGACUCGAUAUUUGCACAUGUUUCCCCCUUUGUUUCUUGAUCGUUUAAGCUUGCAUUAUCGCUUCUUUGGCCUAUUUUACGCUAGUUUGUGUUCCUUUGUCACAUUUUAGGUCCUAGCACAUAAAGUGAAGCGUAGGCGCAAGUUUCAAGUCAAUCGGAGAUCAUUUGCCGACUCGGGGGAAGAAACUUGGGUAUAACUUGAAGAAGAAUGGAUUUAUACCUCAGAUUGUGACCAUAUAAUCAUGUGAUCUUGUCAUGAGAAUAAAGAGGACGAGACUACGAGCAUCGGGGAUCAAACAGCACCUGAUUUGGAGUCCGAACGAGGGAGAAACGAAGAAUCAAAGUUAGGGGAAAAUUGGUUUCGGGCUUCUAUGAGAAACAGAAGGGGGCCUUGUCGUAAUGCUCAAAUCCCCAGUAGGGGAUUCUUGGCCUUGACCGGGGAUUUUCCCCUGUCUCCCGACGGUGCGUUUCAACAAUCCCCAAUCACCACCUAAAAUACCCGGCCGGGUAUAAUGAUCGGAGAUCGCGAACGCAGGCUGUUAAAAGCCUGUUUUGUGCGUUUUUGCAAGGGAGAGCUGGGUUUUGGAUCCCAAACACCCAAGGGAAGAACCAAAGAGAGAGAGGGCGAUUUGAGGGCAUUCUUGGAGUGGAAGUGGAGGAUUUCUUUGCCUUGGAAGCUCGAGGAAUAAGCCCGGACUUGAAGAAUGAUCAUCUGAAGAUUCUUACUGCAGUCUCUCUCUUCUCUAUGGAGUAACUUCCCUUCACUUAGGUUUUGAGGAACCCUAGCUAUGUUUGUUUGAUUGGAUGAUUGUAUGAGUACUCUGACUUGAUAACCAUGAGUUCAUAUUCAAUCUAUGCAUGUUUUCAUGAUUCAAUUCUGCUUUAGUCGAGAUUAUUGAUUCUGCUUUGAUCCUAUGAGAGCGAAUGCCUGAUUAGGUCAAUAGAGCACCAUAGAUUGAUAGUAUUGGAUCGAUUGCUUUAGUUGAGGGUUGGUUCACUGCUUUGUAUCGAUUGAGAACCUCAUUCGAUAGAGGGAAUCUAGUUCAGAACGCCUUGAUCGGUUGUUCUAGAGAAGGAUACGUCCCUCUAGGCAAUUGACUCAAGAGGGCCUUGUUCCUUUAGUCGAGACUCAAGGUCUAGUCAAGGAUUCUCCGCAUUGUGAAUGAAAUUGAAACAAGUUAGAAAUCAUCAAUCGUUAAUCUGGCUAGUGGCUAGGGGGAAUCAUACCUAAGUGAGUUCCCAACCUGUAAUUAGAUUAACUUUAACUGUAGUUUGCUAGAGUAUUUUUAGUUCUUUCAUCUUAAUCUGGUUUGCUAAAUAAUAAACUGAAGCUGAGUAAUAGUAACUCUAGAGACCCGUGGAUUCGAUAUUUAUCACUUGAGCCACUAUACUGCAGUCCCUUUCAUCGGUUACACUUGGCCUUUGUUAGGAGUUGUGUCAUAGCGAGUCAAGUUUUUGGCGCCGUUGGCGGGGACUUUCUAGAGUAUUAGGAAAGGGAGAAGUUUGUUACUUUAGCGUUUUUAUUUUUUUUUAUUUUCCACCCUUGUUUUUCACUUUGGUGUUUUUGUUUCUAUUGGUUCAGAUUUGAAUCAUGGAUCCUCAUGGCUUCUCCAAUCAUUAGGGGUAUCCACCACCAUCCGAGUGGUAUUACCCCGAGACUCCCUGGAGCAAUCAAGGAGGAGAAGACUAUGGAUUCGGGUUCCAGUACCAACCCCCUUACUACGGAGAACAACCGGACCCCUGGGCAUAUCAAGAUCAACCUCAUUACCAAGAAUAAUUUCUCCCACAACCAGAAGGGCCAUCGGCGCUAGAGUUACCCAUGGCGGCCUUCACGGGCCAUUCUACAGAGCCAUGCUACACUCCACAGUCAGAUCCAAACUAUGAAUUGAGGCUUCUCGUGGAGCAGUAUGCUCGCAAGAUGGACCUCCUUUUCUCAUCUGUUGCUCCUCCUAACUCUUCAUCCCUCCGUGAAUCGGAUGAGACUGUUUCGCACUCAUCAAAGCAACCAGAGCGGGUUGAGCAAGUUUGUGCACAACUUGCUCAAGAUCACCCGUCUGCUACCAUACUAGAAGAGGAGGAGGAAGAAGAAGGCUACAAGGACAUUGUGGAGAAAACAGAGAUUAUCACGGAGAGCUCCCGUGAAGAUCAUGAUCAAGAAUGUCAUGUCGUAGCCGACCACCCCUUCCCACAUCCCACACCGAGCUUUGAAGAGGCGGGCAUGAGUGAGGAGAUGCAAGAAGAUCUCAUGAAAGAAAUUGCUUGGCAACUUGCUCUCCAAUCCGUGCUAGAAGAAGAAGAGCAAGAAAGGGCGCAGAAAGAAGUUGUGGAGGAUGAUGAAAGUGAAGCAGGAGGAGUUCUUGAUCAUUUCCCUGGGGUGAUACCACAUGUAGAAGAAAGGGAGGUUGAAGAAGCAAUUGGCGUCCAGGCUGAGGACGAAGUUGAGGUGGAAGAGGCUUGCACCGGCUAUGAGUUACUUGUGAUUUCUCCACCAAAUUUCGAGGAGCUGCUUGGCAAGGACCCAUUGCAGUGUCUCUUUGCCAGACCAAGGCCACAUCGACAUCGGUUCCUCUUGGUGGACGCGAUGGUGGUCAAUCGAUGUUGUCAUAUAUGGUUUGGGGAAAUGAGACGAGAGAAGAGAAGAAGAGGUCUCGAGGGUGGAGACGUUAUCUGCAUCAAGUGCACGAGCUUCCAUCACCUGUCAUACCACUUGCUUGUGACUUGAGACUCCACCUCAUCGACGAGAACCUCAACUUCAAGGAGGUUUUGGGGUGGACCGAAACUUAGGAGCCAUCGUCCGGCUCAUGACGUGAAAGAAGCGCUUGUUGGGAGGCAACCCAACCAGUCGAUUUGCAUUUCUUUCCCUAUUUCUCUUCGGUUGAGUCAGUUUUUUUCUUUGAUUUUAGAGUCAAUAACUCAACCUUUGUGAGAUUUUAUGUGGUGUUUGUGUUCUGACUACUCUCUCCUCCUGGAAUGCACCGCCUGCCCCGUCCACCAUCAUUCACCCUUGAUAUGGUAACUUCGUUCUACCCUCCUUAUCUUUCCUCCAUUAAGGACAAUGUCGUGCUUAAGUGUGGGGGGAUGUUCAAUUAUGUAUGCAGGUGAAUGUUUGGCUGUUUGUGUGCUUGGAGCCUAGUCCACUGUCCAAAAUUUUUAAUUUGAGGGCUCCAAGUACGUGUUUCCUUGCAAAUUGCCUACUUAGUAUGCUUUGAAUUGACAGUCUCUAUAGUAAUGUGCAACCUAGGGAGGUAGUGUAGCACUAUGGAGGAUGUUGAAGUAUAAGAUUUUUCCUAUCUAGCUCUCUGCUGUGCCAGUUGAUUUUGUGAAUUAGUGGAGCUAAGACCGUUGAAUUCAUGUGGUAAUGGUGACUCUGAUUGGAUUGUGUUAGGGACUAGUGUAUCGAACAUGGUGCUCAUGUGAAAAAUGAAAUAUAGUUGGUCCUCCAUGUCAAAAUCAUUAAAUCAUAACCAUGGGG